UCCAAGAGGCAUCAGUUGAUUUGUUUGCGUCUUCGUCGUCACGCCGCUGCCGACGUCAUUUUUAAGGGCCAAAAGAGGUGGAGGAGGUUCCACCGACCGGUUUGUGGUCUCUUGCUCGUUUCGGAGGACCGACUAGGCUUCCUGUUUUUCUUUCAGCGCAUGUGUUGUAGAGGUCUUAUGUGAAUGAUAUAAUCGCUCAAUUUAAUCAAGGCGAAGCUUUUUUCCUCUAGUGUUUGGUGAAUAGUGUGUUUAUGAAUGUUUGUUCGAGUGAAGAAACCACGUGACGGAAACAGUGAUAAUCGGUGACUUACCAACCAACUUCGGAGGGAGAGCAAAUCUUACUCGAGGGUUUAACGAGCCAACAGCUGAGCAAUAAUCAUAAACACCGACCCCUGGAUUACGGUGAAUUGCAAAAGUUAGCUUGAAGAUUCAAUUUUCUAACCAGAGAGCUGCUGAGGUCUUCUACGUGCUCUAGUGGCCACCCACCAUGGAGGCCCAAACGGCCUUGGUGCUAACGAUUCAGCUGAUUGCGCUGUUCUCGAUUGCUGGCGCUCUGCUGCUGUAUUUGCUGUGCAAGGUUCGCGGCACCCGCAAUGAUGGUGCUUUCGGAGGACCCCAGAAGGGUUCGAUUCUGGUGACCUGUGCCGAUACCGCCCUGGGACUUCAGAUAUGCACCUUCUUCGCGAGUAAAGGCCAUCGGGUGUUUGCCGGUAUGAAGGAUCCGGUCGAGUCACUUCCGGCUAAGCUGAUCAGGGGAUGGAUGAAAAUGCGCGAGAGUUCGGAAGCUCCGAUAGCGGGAUCGGUAGUCCCACUGCGAAUUGACGUCACCCGGGAGGACAUCCUUAGGGAAGCAGCCGAAGCAAUGGGUAUCCAUUUGAAUGCCGGAGAGCGAGGCAUCCUGGCCGUGAUUAACACCGCAGGUUCGGUGUAUCGUGGACGGAUCGAUUCCCAGGACUCACUUCAGUGGGAAAACAUGUUCAAGAACAACGUUAUGGGAUGCCUCCGGACGGCUCGUGCUUUCAUUGGACUGUUGCGACCAACUCGGGGUCGGUUGAUCCUGCUGGGAUCCGGUAACGAGGACGAUGGAUUGACGGUAUUUACGGCUACUCGGAAUGCGGUGCAGGGAUGUGCCGAUGCGCUGCGCAAGGAAUUGAAGCCAUACGGAGUUAAUGUUGUGACGCUGGACUCUCGAGGAGUUCCGGCUGAAGCGUUGUUUAAGGCACCGACUCCUUACACCAUCUCGGACGAAGAGGGCGUCCCGACGCAGUACAGCGCCGAGGUGCUCACCAACUCUGCCCUCGGGGUCAUCGAACGGGCCCUGUACGACAAUCGUCCGGCUGAAACCUACUGCCUUUCGGUUCCCGCCAACAAGUUCCAGGUCAAGCUGCCAUGUCGAUCGUCCUUCAAGGCCAUCACCGGUGGCCAAAACGCGCAAACGAAACAGGACCAACCGCAAACAACCGGACCCAAACCGAUUCAGAACGUUUAAAUCUGUGCAAAGCUCAAUUGCUCAAUGUAAAAAUUUAUUUCAUAAAAUUGUGCCCCAUUUCCUUUUCCUCCUAGAGAUUCAUGAGGGCAUUGUGCCUUUUCUUCUUCCUACGCUGUUUUUUUCUAAAGUGCAAACAAAAAUAAAAGUUAACUAUGAAAGUGGAAGUCAACACAAAAUGGCAGCCGAUUGGAAAUGAUGUCAAAAGCAGGGUUUUCUCGUUUUCUUCUAAGAUUGAUGGCAGGAAAAUGCUUGAGCAAAUCUACCAUAUUGGCAGGUUGUGUUCGAGAGAAUGCGCCACACGCAUGAAUUAUGUUCAGCAAAAAGCAAAAAGACUCAAACAAAUCAAUUCUUAACUUAUCUCGUUGCUCAUUGUUUUGUGACCGAAACGUAGAGCAAUCUUUGCUGAAUUUACUUAAAAAAACGAAAACCAGAGAGGAAAGUCUGCUUUUCUUAGUUUUCCAAAAUGGCUGCCAGCCAUUGGACAACCGCUCAAGUCACAACGAAAUUUGGAAAAAAAAAGUUUAUGUCGCUUUCUGGCUUAUUUUUACAAAAUCAAACAAUAUUCUCGCAGCGUCGAACAAUUAGGAUAGAAGCAAACGGACGAAAGAGAGAUUUCAACUUGUGCCUAUAUUUUUUUUUUAAAUCGUAUCCCCCUUGACAACUCCUCGACUGGAACCCCUAAACUAUUGGACGACACACGUUCGGGAUCGAUUUGUGGAGAACAGAGAUUUCGUGUGGAUGAAUAUGCAGAUAAAUGCAAUUUCCUUGUAAAGAUUUGUUUUUCAUUAGUUCUAUCGAGCGCCACUUUAUAUGAAUAAAAAAAAAAGAAAGAUUUGAAUUGCUAAGAUUAAAACCGUAUUAGAUUUCUAUUUGAAGAA